CCGCCUCCGCGUCGCCGGCUCCCAGCGGCCAAACAUGGCUGCGGCGGCCGCGCUGCUGCUCUGCCUGCUGUCGCUGCUCGGGCCUCCGGGGCGCCUGCGGGCCUCCCGGGCGCCGGGCCUGGGCCGCCGCUUCUCCGAGUCCAAGCUGUGCGCCGACGCGGAGUGCAGCAUGCUGAUGUACCGUGGGGAAGCUUUGGAAGAUUUUACAGGGCCAGAUUGCCGUUUUGUGAAUUUUAAGAAAGGAGACCCCAUAUAUGUCUACCACAAGCUGGCUGGGAGAUCGCCUGAAGUUUGGGCAGGAAGUGUUGGACGCAGUUUUGGAUAUUUCCCAAGGAGUCUAAUCCAUGUCGCCUCUCAGUACACUACGGAAGAGUUAAAGGUUCCAGCAGAUGAGACAGACUUCGUUUGUUUCGACGGGGGAAGAGAUGAUUUCGACAGUUACGACCUAGAGGAACUUUUAGGAUAUUUGAAUCUUGAGAAAACCCUAGGAGAUGGUCAGCAUGAGACGGAGGAACCAGAAGCGUCUGAGGAAGGCGACCCUGAGACUGAGCUCCUGGAAUCCACUAACUCUGAGGAAAGCGAAUUCUCAGAGGACACCCAGGAGCCCAAGGACAGACAGGAGGCUCAGAAAAACCGCCCCCUUGAAAACGGUCAGGCAGAUCCUGCCCAGGGAGAACGUCCUCCAUUUGAGUCUUUCAAAGACAUGCUGCAGGAGAAACUGAGAGUCCCGGAAAGCGAGAACAAAACAGGCAGUGUGUCCCAGGCCUCCGAUGAGCAGAAGAUGGACGCCUACACGAGGCUGAAGAAGGACAUGACCCUGGACCUGAAAACCAAAUUCGGCUCCACCGCAGAUGUCCUUGUCUCCGACGACGAGACCACCAGCCUGGUCACCUCCCUGGAAGACGAUCUCGAUGAGGAGUCGGAGGCCGAGUACCAUGUGAUGGCGCAGGAAGAAGAGGAUGAUGGUCAGGACAGCUCUGAGGAGCCGCCGCUCCUGACCUUCACAGACGGAGAAGACGGGAAGACUCCCGCGGGAUCAGGAGUGGAGAAGUUCCUAGCAGAGCAAGAGCGGACUUUAAAGGAAGAGCUUCUGGUUCAAGUAGCUCCUCCCCUGGGCAUCCAGAAAGCUGAGAAGGACACGCUCACAGCCUGGGAGGACCCUCUUGACCCAACAGGCGUGGAGUGGGAGAGUUCUGACUCGGGGGGAGCAAAGGAAGGUGGGGACGCCUUAGCCCCCGGCAGCAAACUGUCAAAGCCCCAGCCAGCUCCCUAUGACGUUCUCGACUCUGACAAGGUCAGCGCCGCUCCUGAGGGUGCCCAGGUCCCUGAAAGGAAUGAGGGCAAAGACCCCAAGGUGGACACACAAAGUCCCCCCCGAGAAGGAAAAACAGCCGAGCCGCCCAAGAAGGACCUGGUCCAGAACGGGGCAGGACUAGAGGACACAGAGCUGGAAAGCACGCUCACGCCAGGCUCGGCGCAAAGCACGAAGCUCAGGUCUUCGCCCACUUCUGCGAGGGAGCAGCCUGCGUUGCAGUCGGGCCCUGGCAACACAGAGGAUGACCCCGAUGGAACAGUGGUUCACGUCUCCAAAGAAACACUUGAUAAAGAAAAGCCUGCCAUGCAGCCUCCCGAAGAGGAUGCAGGGACCGGCUCGGCCGGUAGAGGUGAGGGGAGUCCAGCCAAGGAAGGGAAGCCAGCACGGGAGCCCGCAGGUCCUGCAGAUAACCAGCGCAACGCCUCCAGAGACAUCCUGGAGGGCAAAGAGGCUGCGGAAAGUGGAGCAGAACCACACAGGCCCUCAGAGGAGCAGCCCAGCGAGGACUCAGAAGAGGAAUGGCUUUACCGGGCUCAGAAUCAGCCGCGGUUCUCGUCCCCAGAUGGACUCCAUUGGCAGAGGGAAUCGGAAGAAGAUAGCCCUGGAGUGGGGAGAAAUGUAUCCCGUCACCAAGAGAGAGGAGAGGCCACUGGGGUGAAUAAGCAGGUGGAGGGGAAGCGGCUGUUGGGAGAAGAAGAUUCCUCAGAGGAGGAGCUGGACUCCGGAAGGCCCGUUUCUGACACACACGAAGUGGGAGCCACGGGCCAAGCUGAGGAUACUGAGGUACCGGACUUGCAGAGUGAAGAGGAAGAGUACGUCCCUGAAGAGCUGCUGGAGGAUGAGAACGCCGUCAGUGCCCAACAGGCCCAAGCCAACAGCCCCGAGGCCCAGGGCAGCCCGCUGGGGGCCAUCCUGCAGACUCCUGAGAGGGCGGCUCUGGGUGCCAGUCAUCCUGCCUCAGGAAUAGAAGCCAGUGUGCCCUCGGGCACUGAGAGAAAAGGUGAAACGGGGGCCGGAGAGGCCGACCCACAGGGCAAGCAAGUGGGCCACAGGGUGCUCACAGAUGAAGACGGCCCUCUCGCAGCGAAGGAAGCACCAAGGCCACCUGAAGUCAGCAGCUCUCCUGACAAGAAAACCAGUCAGGUGCCCGAGGAAGGUGAGGCGUCUCCCAGUAAAGACCGGGAGCCUCCUCAAGGACUCGGCCCCCAGGAGCCCCUGAAGGCCCCAGGGCUCACCCAGAAACCUGGGCUCAGAGAACUCUUAAAGGAGAGCCAGCAGAAGCUCACGGACACAGAGAGCCAGGGGUCCACUUCGGAGGAGCAGGAGGACGAACAGCGGCACCGGACACCCCCGUUGGCCAGCCCGAAGGACUCGCCCAUCAUCAGCAGCUUCUUCCAGAACCUCCAGUCUCGCCAGCGCUUCCAGAAGUACUUUGACGUGCCCAGGCUGGAGGCCCUGCUCCAAGAAAUGUCGUCGAAGCUGCAGGCCACCCAGAGGGACAGCCUGCCCUCCAACGUGGAGAAGGCCCUGGACAAGGUCUUCCGGGCCUCCGAGUCGCACAUCCUGAUCGAGGCAGAGAAGAUGCUCGACGCGCGCGUGACCCAAAAGAGAGACCUGGGGGCGAAAGACAGCGACAUCUUUGAAGAGGCGGCGGUGCUGGAGGACAUCCAAGACCUGAUCUACUUCGUCAGGUACCAGCACUCCUUGGCAGAGGGCAGUGCAGCCCCAGCAGUGGUUCAGCUUCCAGAGGAAGGCUGGGACCAAACACUGGAAGAGACAUCACCACCCCUUAAGGAAAACCUCCCACACGUUCACAUUGAAACGGUCACCACGCAGACUCCUGAGGAGGAGCCCCGCCACCUGGACCAGCCUGUGACCUGGGACACGGGCCUGUCUGAAGUGCCCCCACAGCCGAGUGCUGACCCAGGCCCAGGAGGAAUUCUGCUCACAGAAUGAGGAAUAGGUCCUUGGCCCAGCCACCACUUCAGGUACACCAGCCGAGGUCUCCAUUGGCAGACCUGGCCGCAGUGGACUCCUACCCCAGAGCAGAGCUGCUGUCCCAGCAGGGAGAGAAGAAAUAACACGUCUGAGAGGCCUCCUCCCGCUCAGAGGGCUUUGUGUGCGCACAUAACAGUUUCUGCCUCUCCCCUCUUACCUCCCAGAGCCUCUGUUCAGAAUGAGUCAUCCACCAAUAAGACUUGUUUUUCUUGUGCUCUGAAUCUUUUCAAGGUGAGGAGGAAAUUCUUUUUUUUUUUUUUUUUUUUUAAGAGUUCAUUUAUUUAUGAGAAAGAUAGGAGGAGAGAGAGAGAAAGAAAGAACCAGACAUCAUUCUGGUACAUCUGCUGCCAGGGAUUGAACUCAGAACCUCAUGCUUGAGAGUCUAAUGCUUUCUCCACUGCACCACCUCCCGGACUACGGGUGAGAAAAUUCUGCUUGCAGGUUGACGGGCCCAUCUUUCACCCCGUCCUCGAAGUGACAGGCAUCGCCCUUGCAGACAUUUUCUGAAUGUCAGACUGAGUGCUAACCUCAUUGAGAACU